AUGAUGGAUGAAAAUGGCCUGUUUGAGAUUGAUAGUAAAGGGGAGAAGUUUACUUGGUUUAACAAACACUCUCAAGAUCCUAUCCAUUCAUGCAUUGAUAGGGUGCUUGGCAAUUUGGAAUGGAUUCAGCUGAAUAGUGAUAAAAAUGUCUAUGUGAUGGAGCCUGGAGUUUCUGACCAUGCUCUUAUAUGCAUUAGAAAAGAUGAAGAGAGAAUGAGGAGUAAGAGCAAUUUCAAGUUCAUGAAUGCUGUAAUUGAUAUAAUUGGUUACCAUGAGGCUGUUAAUCAGAAUUGGCAGAGGCAAAUAAAAGGAGCUCCUCAAAAUCAACUCUGGAAUAAAUUGAUGAGAAUGCAACAUGUUAUUAGAAGAUUGAGUAAGCCCCUUAUUGGUAUUAAAAGGCAUAUUGAGAAAUGUAGAGAAAAUCUUACCAAAGCCCAAAUAGUUUUGAGACAGGAUAGGAUUAAUUCACAGUUGAUUAUGCAAGAGAAAUUAUGCACUGAGGAAAUUAUCAAGCUCAAUGAAACUGAGGAGAAAAUUCUUAGACAAAGGGCAAAGAUUGAUUGGAUAAGGCUUGGAGAUGGGAUGAAAGGUAUUGACAUUAUGGCUAUGAGGGCUGGAAAACAACUGGAUAGGGAACAAAGGAGUAGGCUCAUUAGACCCAUCACUGAGAAGGAAGUGGAAUCAGCCUUAAGAGCUUGGGAGACCUAA